AUGUCUGGCUUGAUGAGAGACAUCGAAGGUGCCAUGGGGGGCAACAGCAACAAUCAAGGCGGCAACAACUACGAUAACCAGCAAGGUGGCGGUAUGGGCGGCGGGAUGGGCGGUGGCAUGGACAAUCAGCAGGGCGGCGGCUACGACAACCAGCAGCAGGGCGGCGGCUACGAUAACCAACAGCAAAGUGGUAUGGGUGGCGGUAUGAACGAUCGUAUGGAUAACCAGCAAGGCGGUAUGGGCGGUGGCAGCAACGACCGAACGGAUAAUCAACAGGGCGGAAUGGGUGGCAACAUGGACGGCCAGCAGCAAGGUGGUCAGCAGAAGAGCGGAGGCUUCAUGAGCGGUCUGGAGAACACUGGCAAGAAUGCCAUGGUCGACCAGGAGGUGAACGGCUUCAUGAACAAGGAAGGUGUUCCUGCAGGUGCUGAUGGGUUUGUCGACAACUUCGUCAACAAGGAGGCUGAUAAGUUCUAA